UCUCAUUUCUUAUAGUAUACUUGGCUUUUUACUCCUUUUGUUUUCUCUACAAACAAAAUGGUUAACUUGGUGGCAGCCCAAAGACCCCUCCUCCAUGGCCUUAUGAAAUUGGCCGGAAUACGGCCUACAACCGUAGAUAUCGAACCCGAGGGAACCACAAUGUCAUUCUGGGUUCCCUCGGAAACACUCGUAAAACCCAACAAAAAGCCCAACAAGCCCAAACCUGUGGUGGUUCUAAUCCACGGGUUUGCAGCUGAGGGAAUAGUGACAUGGCAGUUCCAAGUGGGUGCCCUUACAAAGAAAUACUCUGUUUAUGUUCCGGACUUACUUUUCUUUGGUGGGUCCGCUACAGGUGCUUCCGACAGGUCUCCAACAUUCCAGGCGGAGUGUCUGGCGGCUGCAUUGUUUAAGCUGGGUGUUACUAGGUGUACGCUUGUUGGGUUUAGUUAUGGUGGUAUGGUUGCGUUUAAGCUGGCGGAAAUGUGGCCUGACCUUGUUGAGGCAUUGGUGGUCUCGGGUUCGAUUCUUGCUAUGACGGAGUCGAUUAGCGAGGCGGAGUUGAAUAGAAUGGGGUUUAGAUCAUCGUCGGAAUUGUUGUUGCCGACGUCGGUUAAUGGGUUGAAGACUUUGCUUAAGAUUGCUACUCAUAAGAACUUGUGGUUUCCUCAUCGCUUGCACAAGGACUAUCUUGAGGUUAUGUUUACCAACAGAAAGGAGAGAAGUGAACUCCUUGAGGCUUUGGUCAUUGCCAAACAGAACCCUGACAUCCCUAUCUUUACACAGAGAAUUCAUCUUCUAUGGGGAGAAAAUGAUCAAAUUUUCAGGAUGGAGAUGGCCCAGCAAAUGAAAGAGAAACUGGGUGAAAAAGCUACAUACGAAGGCAUAAAGAAAGCUGGUCAUCUCGUUCAUCUCGAGAGGCCCUGUGUGUACAACAGAUGCCUUAAGAGCUUCUUGGCUUCUGUGUACACUGAUCACGAUAAAAAAUAAGCUACGUAUUUCCUUAUCAUCAACCUGCUGUUUGUAGAACUAGCCGUUUCUAGAUAACUAAGAGUGGAUUUCGAUUUCGUAUUUGCAUUGUUUUUGAAUUCGAAUCAAUAACCGUCAAAAAAAGAAAAA